AGGGAUGUUUACAGUCGCAACCCGAUUAUUCGCUCCAACAAAACAUCUUCUUCUUAUUUCAAAAAAUUUCACAACUCCUUUUUCGGUCAUGGCCGCCGCCGCCGCCGCUGCUACAAACUUAGCAUCUCUAAAAAAGGUCGGCACACACAAUGGAAGCUUCCAUUGCGACGAAGCCUUGGGCUGCUUCAUGAUUCGUCUCACUAAAAAGUAUUCCGGUGCUGAAAUCGUCCGGACAAGAGAUCCCCAGGUAUUGGAGAAUCUUGAUGCUGUUCUUGAUGUUGGUGGGGUUUAUGAUCCGAGUCGAGAUCGAUAUGAUCAUCACCAAAAGGGUUUUACUGAGGUGUUUGGACAUGGGUUUACUACUAAACUUAGUAGUGCUGGUCUUAUUUAUAAGCAUUUUGGGACAGAGAUAAUUGCAAAAGAGCUUCAGGUUGAUGAAGGGCAUCCAGAUGUGCAGAGGUUAUAUUUAGCCAUCUACAAAAGUUUCAUGGAGGCAAUCGAUGCAAUUGACAAUGGAGUUAAUCAAUACGACACUGAUCAACCUCCAAGAUAUGUAAACAAUACCCACUUGUCGUCGAGGGUUGGAAAAAUCAAUCUGGAUUGGACUGAUCCUGAUCAGUCAUCUGAGAAAGAGAAUGCAGCCUUCCAACGGGCUAUGACUCUUGCUGGCACUGAGUUUUUAGAUAGUGUUCGGUUUCAUGUAAAGUCAUGGCUUCCAGCCCGCUCAAUUGUCCUGGAAUGUCUUGCAGCAAGAACUAAUGUUGAUCCCAGCGGAGAAAUCAUGGUUUUGAAUAGAUUUUGCCCAUGGAAACUUCAUUUGUAUGAGCUGGAGCAAGAAUUGAAGACAGAGCCAACUGUUAAAUAUGUUCUUUACCAGGAUGAUAGGAGCAAAAGCUGGAGGGUGCAGGCAGUAGCAAAAUCUCCGGACAGCUUUGAAAGCCGCAAACCUCUUCCUUCUCAAUGGAGAGGCCUAAGAGAUGACGAUCUAUCCAAUGAAACCGGUAUCCCUGGCUGUGUUUUCGUGCAUAUGAGUGGCUUUAUCGGCGGCAAUCACACAUAUGAGGGUGCACUCGCUAUGGCUAGAGGCGGCUUAAAGCUUUACACAGAACCAAAUAAACUACAAAAAUGCGCCUAGUCAUUUCCUUUAUGCACCUUGACUGUCACAAGUUUCAAAUUUCUCUCCGAAUUGUCAUAUGUAUUUUCAGAAGGUCGGAUGAUAUGUUAUGUAAACUGAGUCUGACUUAACCAAGGCAGAAGAAAUUUGAUUAUUUUGUGUUAAUGUUAAUCACAACUUACAAACUAUUUGUAGAUUUUUACUGCAAUGCAAUGAUAUUUGGUGAAAGGUGCUAUAUCACGUGUUAUGCACGUGUUUGAUAUAA